GAACAAUAAGCAUCCCGACAUGAGUUGAGUUCCUGCUAUGGGCUGGUGGCGCAUUACAGUGUGAGUGGGGGUGCGCGCGUGCGCGCGUGUGUGUGUGGUGGGGUUGCUUUUCUUUUUCACGCGUCACCAGUGGGCGCUUUUUGCUGCGCACAUCAUAGCGAGCAGAGCCCGGGGAUGCGCGCAACGCGAGCAUCGCCUCAGUCAGUCAGCGGCGCCGCAGCUGUCCUCCCCUCUCUCUUCUCUCUCUCUCCAUUUCUUUCCUUCCAGGCUGCAUCGUUUAGGAGCGCACGCGACGCAGGAGCUCGAGGAAACGCGUCGCCCCCUGCGCCCCCCCUCAGAUUCCUCACAUUCCCUCCUGAUUGUUGGAUUAUCGGAGGCAGAGAGAGGGGCUGCGCUCGUCCGAUCCUGUCCGAGUCGGCCGGCUGCGAUUUCUUCUCCCGGAGCAAAGAGCGCCUUCUUCCUUUCUUUUUUCUUUCUUUUUUGUUCUUUUUCUCCCCCACCAAAAGAGUUGCAGUGUGUUGAGAGAGAAAUGCUUUUGAGCCACUGAAUCUAACGGAUACUGGACUUACAACUCGAGCAGGUUGAUGAAGAGGAAAAAAUCUGCAUCGUAGCAGCUAUUAAAUUCUUUUAUUCAGCGGAGAGCAUUCCAUUCAGAAGCAAUUGGAUGAGAGACUCAUUAGCCCUCGGCAACUAAAGAUGAUGUUACCAUGGAAACAAAUUGUUCUGCUAUCAAUCACCGGAUGCCUUGCAGCCUGUACAGAGGAUGUCAUAUUUCAAGGGCCAAGAUGGAGGACGGAGCCUGGUGACCUCAUUUUGCCGAUCAACACCCCGGACCACCAGGCGACUAUUGCCUGUGAGGCGGAAGGGAGCCCCCGGCCUCGGUACAGAUGGUCACUAAACGGAACGCUCAUUGAUCUGGGGAGCGACUACCGGCGUCACAUGUCUGGAGGCAGCCUGAUCAUUAGGAACCUGGACAAAGAUCAAGACAGCGGGAUGUACCAGUGCACGGCUUUCAACACGCUGGGCUCCAUCCUGAGCCGCAGAGCCAGCAUCCAGUUCGCAUAUCUCGACAGCUUCAAAACGCAGUCGGUGAGGAGUGCAGUGAACGUCCGUGAGGGCCAAGGAGUGGUUCUUUUAUGUGGAGCUCCCCCACAUUCUGGAGAGCUGACAUUUGCGUGGAUCUUCAAUGAAUACCCGUACUCCGUCCAACAAGACAGCCGAAGAUUCAUCUCCCAAGAGACCGGAAGCCUGUAUAUAGCCAAAGUGGAGCCCUCUGAUGUGGGCAACUACACUUGUGUGGUGAACAACACAGUCACAAAGCAGAAAGUUCUCAGCUCCCCAACACCACUAGUCCUCAGGAGUGACGGUGUAAUGGGUGAGUAUGAGCCCAAAAUAGAAGUUCAUUUUCCAGAUUCGGUUCCAGCUGCAAAAGAAUCUGUGGUCAAACUGGAAUGUUUUGCUCUGGGAAACCCUGUCCCAGAAAUAAGCUGGAGGAGAACAAGCGGUGUCCCUUUCCCCAGCAAAGUCAAAAUGAAGAAUUCGAAUGCCGUCCUUGAAAUCCCUAAUUUUCAGCAGGAAGAUGCAGGGAUGUAUGAGUGUAUCGCAGAGAACCGGAGAGGCAAAAACGCUGCUCGAGGUCGGAUUUCUUACCAUGCUAAACCUCAGUGGCUCCAGACAAUAACAGACACGGCUCGGUCCAUCGAGGAGAACCUCUUCUGGGAGUGUAAGGCCAAUGGAAAGCCAAAACCGUCCUACAGCUGGCUGAAGAAUGGCGAGCAAGUGGUGGCUGAGGCCCGGGUACAAAUUGAAAACGGAGCCCUCUCCAUAACCGCGUUAAACCUAUCAGAUUCCGGGAUGUAUCAGUGUGUGGCCGAAAACAAACAUGGCAGUAUUUAUUCCAGUGCCCAGCUAAUGGUGUUAGCUUCAGCUCCCAGUUUCUCCAGAAGUCCAUUAAAGGCCUUGCUAAAAGCUCGCUCAGGCAGCGAAGUCACUCUGGAAUGCAAGCCUCAGGCCUCGCCCCCAGCAAUUAGCUUGUGGAAGAAGGGAAACGAGAUUCUGCAGAGAACCGAAAGGAUCACUCUGCUGCCAAAUGGAACUUUAAAAAUUGCUAAUGUAACCAAACGGGAUGCAGCUAGCUACACGUGCAUCGCCAAAAACCAGUUUGGAACAGCAAGCGCAACUGGGAAGCUCCUCAUCACCGAGCCCACCAGAAUCACCAUGAGGCCCACUAACAUGGAGAUUAUUGUUGGCGAGAGCAUCGUGCUGCCCUGCCAGAUCGCUUCUGAUCCAGCUCUGGACGUCUCCUUCUCGUGGGCGUUCAACGGCCAGCUCAUCGACUUCCAGAGAGACGGUGACCACUUCGAAAGAGUGGGUGGGACUGUAUCAGGGGAUCUGAUGAUCCGCAACAUCCAGCUGAGCCACGGAGGGAAGUACGUGUGCGUCGUUGACACGGACGUGGAGAGCCUGUCCACCUCUGCCAUCCUGGUUGUCAAAGGUCCUCCAGGCCCUCCGGACAAAGUCUCAGUGGAGGAAAUCACAGACAGCACAGCCCAGCUGUCCUGGACGCCUGGAAGAGACAACGGCAGCCCCAUAACGGGCUACAUCGUUCAGGCUCGCACACCGUUCACUGUGGGCUGGCAGGCCAUAGACACAGUCCCGGAGGUUGUCAAUGGCAACAUGCUAACUGCCACUGUGGUCGGUCUGAAUGCCUGGGUGGAGUACGAGUUCAGGGUGGUGGCCCGGAAUGUUGUGGGCCUCGGAGAGCCGAGUCCAGCUUCGGCCAAGACCAGAACAGAAGAUGCUAUUCCUGAUACAGCUCCCCCUGAUGUUGGAGGUGGCGGCGGCACAAAGUCUGAAUUAGUGAUAACAUGGGAGCCUCUGCCUGAAGAACUGCAGAAUGGCGACGGCUUUGGCUACGUUGUGGCCUUCAGGUCAGCUGGUGCGGUCACGUGGACGCGGGCGGUGGUCUCUGCGCCCGCCGUGUCUCGCUAUGUGCUUCGCAACGACACCAUCCCGCCCUUCUCGCUGUUCGACAUCAAGGUGGCGGCCUACAACAACCGAGGGGAAGGGCCGUUCAGCUCCAUAGCCACGGUGUACUCGGCAGAAGACGUCCCCAGUGUGGCUCCUAAGAGGGUGAGGGCCCGGAGUUUGUCAGCGGCAGAGAUUGAAGUGAUCUGGGAAACUCUCCCUUCCCUCCCAGAAAGAAUUCUUGGAUAUGAGGUGAUGUACUGGGAAGACGACACCAAGCCUGACACUGUUGGCAAAGUGCGGAUAACAGGGAACUACACACAGGUUAACAUCACGGGGCUGAAAGCCAACACGGUGUACUACCUCUCUGUGGCUGCCUUCAACACGGCCGGGCCCGGGCCGCAGUCGCCGCCCAUUAACAACACCACCAGGAAACCACCACCAGACAGGGCUCCACUCAACAUACAAUGGAGCAUGAUUGGCUCCUCACUAACGCUGCACUGGGACCCCGUAGUUGCCACGGAGAUCGAGUCAAAGGUGACCGGAUAUUUGGUGAUACUGAAGAGACACCGAUACAACGACAUCCACACCACCUUCACCAACAGAACCUCGGCUGAGCUCAGCCUCUCGGCCGGCGACAACUAUCUCAUCCAGAUCAAGGUUCUGAGCGAAGGCGGCGAAGGCGUGGGCAGUGAACCCAUACACAUCCACAAAUUAAGCAUGGGAGCUCGGGGUUCUGGAGCCAGCGGUCUCAGACGGUUGUCUUGCUCCUUCGUCCUUAUUGGUGCAUUCUUAUGCUCCGUCUGGUGAUGUCACGCCUCCGCCUGUCUUCUGUCAUCCCUUCAUUCAGCUUAAACCCCCUAAGAUGGAUAAAGAUCCAGGUUUCAGAAGGGCGAAACGAACCAGACCAUACUGAACUUUGUUUAAAUAGCCUUCCAAAAAGACAAGUGACGAAUCACUUGCAUGAUUUUUUUUUUUCUUGCUUGCAACUUCUUCCUUUGACAAAAAAGUGCCACUGUCCUCGAGAUUUAAUUUUAGAAGUUGCUUCUGUGCCCCGAAUUGACCUUGGUUCAUAAUUUUAGAGAUGGAAUUCCCUUAAAAUCCACUUUGAUGAAAUGGUCCAUACCAAAGUAGGUAACAGUGGCUGCUUCAACGUUAAACAAACAUGUUUGCAAAAAAAUAAUACAUUUCUCAUCACAAUGUAGUUUACAUAUUAAUCAUUGGCUGCGCCCCUAAUUGACCAUGUCAGGUUACCCUAAGAGCAUUCAUUCAGAGCAUGUGGUUCACCAAACUGAUGGUAAUGCCUUGGAAAACUAUUCACACCCUUUGAACUUUUUUCUAAUUUCUACCUUUUUCAGAAAAUCAACAUCAGUAUAUUUUUAUUAAUAUCUUAUUUGACAGACUAAACAAGUGGAGCACAUAAAAUGGAAGGAACUGCUUUCAAAAACUUACUAGCGAUGCACUGAUAUGAUAAUUUGGGUCGAUAUCUGAUAUUAAUAUUGCUCGUGGCAGUCGAGGAUAUUGCUGGCAAACUGUUAAUAAACCCUUGCUAGCUAACUAGAUGCUUUUUUUCUAUUGUUGGCAAUUGAUGGUCAGUUGGGCUGGAUGACAUUCAUCUUUGCCUCCUUCUCACUUGUGUUGGAACCCAUUCAAUGUUACGUGACAUUGGGCAAACAAGCUCGGCUCUACUACAUUUAACAUAAAAUAUGUAAUUUUCUUCUGUACAUUGUCAUGAUGCAAGUCUUAAAUUGCAUUCAUACUGGUCUUAAAAAGUCUUAUAUUUGUUCCACUCCCCAGUUAUGUGCUACUUUGUGUUGGCCUAUUUCAGAAAAUGCGAACAAAAUACAUUGUAUUUAUGUAACUUUUUUUUUAAAAUAAGAAAUAAAAAACGUCAAGGGGUUUGGAUACUAUUGCAAGGUGCUGAAGUCAUAUCCAUUGCAGCUAUGGAUAGCUUUCCCAGGCUUUGUCAAAUAUACGAAUGCUGUAUAAUUGAUCAGCUGUGCCUGAAACCCACUUAUCUCUGACAACUGAAAUAUUAUUAAAUCUGUUAGAGUCACAGGCUCGUGAGCUUUAGAGCCCUUCCACAACACUCUGAUAGGUCUUGGCAUUUUGCUCUCCAUCUCAUGCUCCUCUAAAUAAUUAAUGUCUAUCACACUCUGCAUUCUAAGUCCAGUGGGGGAAAAAAAAAGAAGAGCAGACGUGUGGUGUAGCUACAUCGAGCCGAUCUCUCGUGUACUGUUCCAUCUCUGCAUUGAGAUGGCCGGCGUUCUACGAUGAGUACCUGCCACUGCGCACAAUGGACCGCCAGAUAACAGUGCCUUCACUAGAGCUUCACCCCAGCGUUUUUCUUUCUUUCUUCUCCCCUUUAGAUAGAGUACAGAAGGAUUCAUGUUGCGACAGGGGAAUUGUUUCUUUUCUGAAGAGUAUCGCCAACAAAAGACAGGAAGCUCGGAAUGUAAGAAGCAGGCCCUCAACAGAAAUGGCUGAUUAAAUUUUCAUCAGGGCAGGGAGCAUCUUUGAUGAAAAAAAGGUUGGCUGAUUCACAAAAGCUUCAAUAGAUUUCAAUUUUCGGUCAUAGUGUUUACGACCUGGAGUAUAAUAAACGUACAACUCCAUCCGUAUCAUGAUUUAGGAGCUAUUAAUGUAUGGGGUAAUGACAGGGUUUUGAGUGUAAGCGGUGUGCAAGGUGUGGCUGUCUAAAAUCACAGCCAGCCUCACAUUUUACCUCCAUUUGUUGGACUCGCUUAGCUGAAGAGUUAACACGGGAACAUUAGCGCUCUGCUGAGGAAGCUCCCGUUUUCCUGCCUGUCGUCAUCUGAACUGGAACCGAGGUUUGAUUCGUUUGGUCCGGGCAACGUCAGCCUGGAAGGAUGGACGGUUGGACUUUGAAAAUUUAAUUAUUGUGCCUUUGCCAAAUGUUGGGGUUAUGUACAGUUCUAAGCUUACAGCCUUUUUUUUGUUUUUGUCUGGAUUUUGAACUUUCUAGCCCUCCCAAAAAACCUCAAACAGUCAAACAGAAGCACAAGGACUUGUCAGCGACUGGCAUCUAAGCAAGUGUUGUGGGACACCAGAGGAAUCAUAAAGCUCUGAACAGCCGACGUGAUCAGGCUGGAUUCAUAAAACUCUGCGCUCAUUGAUUAGACUCCUGCAGACCAGUCAAUGGGUUAUUGAUUUUCCUGGCCCAUUAUUGCUGCUGUCACAAUUCGGCCGUUUGACUGACUGAUGGCCGAGCCCUUAUGCACCUGUUCUAUUGUGUUACAGUCUGUAAUGUUUUAAAUGUUUUCCACCAUUUCCACUUUCUCUUUCCUGUUUGACGACUUUGAAGUCAUUUUUAUUCUUUUAUUGUUUUUGCAUUGAACAGAAAAAAUCCCAUUCCAGGUUAUUUUCUCAGAUUUUUUUGGAAACUUCUUUUCUUUCCAUUUAGAGACAUAUUUUCAAUGUUGUGGUGAAUCGUGAAUUGGAGCAUUGACCUGAAAUCAACUAUCUAGUUGGCUCUUUUGAGUUACAUGUUAGAACAAACCCAACAGUAGCUGCUUUUCCAUUACAAAUGGGCGCAGAAUUUUGAGCUUUAGACGCCUUCCACAACACUCUGAUAGAGGGUUGUGUUAGUUUUUGAUACUAUUGUAGAAAAAACACAAUUUCACAAUUGCAGUGUUUCCAUUAAAUGAAAUCUCAUAGCAAUCACACAUGAAUAAAUUUGUUUACGUGAUAAGUCAUUAAAAAAUAUGCAGCGCCAUCCUUCAUGUUGUCUUCUUCAUGGUUUGUGCAUGGUCAGUGCCAACAUCUGGUUGUUGAUUAUUUGACCCGUGUGAGGAGAAAAAAGUCUUCCCAUUGAAGUUUUGAGAAAUAAACCAAUUUUGACACAUCUAGAAACCCACCUCAUUAUAGCAUCAAAACUUGUUUUUUCGAAAUUGCCAUUUUUACAUUAUGCAAAUUUAUUUUCCAAAUGUCAAAUUGCACAAUUCUAAUGGAAACACAGCUACUGUUCUGUUACGGUAGUUGAGCUGUUGUUAUUAUUGUCAGUAGUAUAUGAAGCCAGUCACAUUAGGACUUAAAAACUGUAACAUCCACCUUUAGACUUGCUUUGUCCAUUGAAAUCAAGUUGUUUUUUUUACCUACAUUAAUGCUUUUGAAAGAUUUGAACAACUGACAAUUGAUCACACUAUGCAUCUGGUAAUAUCUACUUAAUCCAACUCUAAAUAUUCAUUUACCGCUAUAUUAAUAACCAGUAUCUUGUUUUAUGCAAUAUAUGAGUUUAAUUUCCGAAUACCACAACUGCUAAUGAGCUUUAUUAACCUUCAGCUUGUAAGUCAAUUAGCACCAUAAUAAUUCUUUGUUAGUGUAGCAGUGAGUUUUUCUGCAAAGUCAAGUGUGGAAAACUCACUUGUGAAAACUCACUUGUGAGUUUUCCACACUUGACUUAUCAAGUGUGGGUUGACUUAUCUGGUGUGAAUUCACUCUAAGUGUGCUCAAUAUUUAGAAAAUAUUGAGCACACAUAGCAUUUUUUUCAUCAUUUUUGAGUUUAAAUCUCAAAAUGAGUAUGUAAGUCAUAGAAUCUUUCCUUCUCAUUCUUUUUAAUUGUCCAAGUGACCCUAAGACUCUAUUUUACAUUUGAAGUUGCUGUCACACAAACGAUAGAAAAUUUUAUUUUAUAAAAUAAAUUGUUUUUCUCAUAAAAUAAAUUGUUUUUAGCCAGCUUGAUGUUAUGUCAGUGGUUCUUAACCCUAAUACAUGGCCAAACAGCUUCAGAACUAUUUCUUUCCUUACUUCAAAAUACAGGCCUCAAAAAUAGACAAAACUGAAACAGCAGCUUCACUUUUUCAAGAAAUAGUGUGGCUUUUUAGGAUCACAAAAUCUUAUUCCACAUAAUCUACAUCUCAUAGCAAAUCUGAUUUUUGUUUCCAGUUGGGAGUCCAACCAGGUUUUUCCAGACCUAAACAGUCCUAAAAACAAUAAAAAUGUAUAGUUCAACCACCAGAUGUGGUCAGUUUGUUUGAUUAGCUUCAUUUUAUUUUCCUUUUUCUUCAUACUUUCUUUUCUGAUAUUAUUUUUUGCUAAGUACAGCUCAACAUCAACAUUUGACACUAUGGAGUUUUCUGUUGUGACUCGGCUUCAAAGCUCUUUUAUAAAAGUGGUCUACUCAAUGUCCAAAGGAAGUACCCUAAGUGUCAAAUAGUAUGCUAACAUGUUCAUAUUUUACAUUGUGCAACUGUGGGCAGUGGGCAGGGUUUUUUGCUAUUAUUUUUUUGUUAAAACAUAGUUGUAGUUAAGCCUAAUGUCUUUAAUGUCUUCUCAUGCUCAAAUAAGAAAAAAAAAGUGUUUUUUUUUCCCUGGCCUUGUGCUUUAAUUAAUGCUACAAAGUACAAUCUAAAAGGAAGAAAGUGAUCAGUCAGCUUUAUGGAUUAAAACUAAAAUUAUCACAGAGAAGCAAGAUGUCUAUUAAUAUCCACAAGGUCCGUACAGACAGAUUAGCUUCUGUGGUUGGAACGGAGGAGACGCUGUAUAAUGUAUAUAGCUUGCAUAUGAUUUUUAAAACCUGGCCAUCAAAGACAACCUUACUUCUUUUAUAUAGUGUGUUCUCUGGCCUUAAUACUGAUGUAUUAAUCAAUGAUCUCUGUGAGAUACUGACAUGUAGAGUGGCAUUUUCAUAUUGAAAAGUAACUGUAUUGUCUUGUAUACUAAAAUUGUGCAUGGUGAUAAUUGUUAAUUUGUGUUUUUUUUUCUAUAACUGUAACUUAGUAAAAAUGUUUAUUCCAACCAA